CUUGUAUCUUGGCUCUUGCACUGAACGGAGUUUUGGGAGCGGACAGUCUUAAGAAACUUUUGAGGGUUUUUUUUGUUUUCCUUAAACACACACAAGACAUGCCUUCCUGGACUCAUGCAGUGGAUGCCAAAUAUGGAGUUGCUGUGUGGAAUUUCAAAGGCACUAAAGAGCAUCAUAUCCCUCUCCAGAUCGGAGACACUGUCAACAUCCUCGAAAUAUGUGAAGGUUGGUACAGAGGGUAUUCUCUGAAGAACAGAUCUGUAUUGGGAAUAUUUCCUGUCUCAAUCAUUCACGUCAAAAAUGCAGUCAUUGAGCUCAGGGGUAAGCAGGAGAACAUUGUCUCGACGGAGGUGCCCCUGGUGCAAGAAAUCACAACCACCUUGAGGGAGUGGUCCAACAUCUGGAAACAGCUGUAUAUGACUGGUCAGGUUUCCAAGUUUCGGCAAGUUACCUCGAUGAUGUGCGACUUGAUGGAGAGGAGAUCCCAACUCCUGUCAGGAACGCUGCCACAGGAUGAACUCAAAGAACUGAAGCAAGAAGUCACCACAAAAAUGGACUUUGGCAACAAAAUGCUGGAACUGGAUCUUGUAGUUAGAGAUGAGAAUGGCAAUAUUCUCGAUCCGGACCAGACAAGCAUCAUCAGCCUAUUCCAAGCUCACAAGAAGGCUACUCAGCACAUCACAGAUUUAAUGAGGGAGGAGACGUUUCAGAACCAGAGUGAGUACAGCAGGUUUGCCCGUUUGAAUUCUUCGCCCACAAAUGCCCUAUUCAUCUGGGUCCGCAAUUUUGUCUGUAAAAUUGGUGAAGAAGCGGAACUCUUCAUGUCUCUUUAUGACCCUCAGGAGCAGAAGAUAAUCAGUGAAAACUAUUUAUUCCGCUGGGCAAGCACUGGCCUACCAAAGGAGAUUGAUAUGCUGAAUAACCUAAAAGUGGUGUUUACAGAUCUUGGAAGCAAAGACUUGAAUCGGGAAAGGAUUUACUUAGUGUGUCAGAUAAUACGGGUCGGGCGAAUGGAGCUGAAAGAAACCAAUGCCAAGAAGAUGACUCAAGGAUUGAGGAGACCAUUUGGAGUUUCAGCGAUGGACAUUACCGACAUUCUGAAGGGAAAAGCAGAAAGUGAUGAGGACAAACACCAUUUUAUUCCCUUUCAACAAGUUGCAGCUGAAAACGAUUUCCUCCACAGUUUAAUCUAUAAGGUCUUGGCUGCCAAAGAUAUAAACCACAAAGGACAAGGUCUCUGGGUCUCCAUGAAAUUACUUUCAGGUGAUCUGGAGCAGAUUCGAAAGGAUCACCCUCACCUGGUGGACAGGAACACAGUGGUCGCGAGGAAAAUGGGAUUUCCUGAGAUCGUCAUGCCAGGUGAUGUCCGGAAUGACAUUUACGUCACUGUGGUCCAAGGAGAGUUUGAUAAACAGAAUAAGACCACUCAGAAGAAUGUUGAGGUUACGAUGUGUGUCUGCGAUGAGAAAGGAGAUAUAAUUCCGAAUGCCAUAUGCCAAGGUGCUGGAGACAAACCUGUCACUUACUACCAGUCGGUGGUUUAUUACCAACUCAAGCAACAGCACUGGAUGGAGACUGUCAAGGUUGCAAUUGCCAUUGAAGAUGUUCAGAGGACCCAUCUGCGCUUCACAUUCAAACACAGAUCAUCCGCCGAAUCUAGAGAUAAAGGAGAGAAAAUAUUUGCAAUGGCGUACGUGAAACUAAUGAAACCUGAUGGAACAACCCUGCGAGAUGGAGAGCAUGACCUCAUCUUGUAUAAGGGUGAUAGCAGAAAGCUUGAAGAUGCCGGCAUCUACCUAUGUAACCUGUCCAGUAAACAGAUGGCUGAUCAGAAGCUCAAUAUUGGGUCUUCAUUCAGAAGCAGCAGCGGAGGACACCCCAUUUGCUCAAGGGACAACUUCCAGAUUUCCACACUCGUCUGUUCAACCAAGCUCACACAGAACGUGGAUCUCCUGGGCUUGUUGAAAUGGCGUUACAACACUAGCGCACUAAACGAGAAUCUGAAAAAACUGAUGAAGGUGGAUGGAGGGGAAGUUGUCAAGUUCCUCCAGGAUACGCUAGAUGCUCUCUUUAGUAUCAUGAUGGAGUUUUCAAAUAACAACACGUACGAUAAGCUGGUGUUUGAUGCCCUGGUGUUUCUCAUUGGGUUGAUAGCAGACAGGAAGUUCCAACACUUCAAUGCUGUCCUCGAAGCCUAUAUCCGACAGCACUUCAGCGCCACCUUGGCUUAUAAGAAGCUGUUGAGUGUUCUAACAGAUUAUGUCGACAUUGCAAGCCGUGGUUUGGAAUGUGAGCCUCUGAAGCGAGCCUUCAAAGCACUGGAAUACAUCUUUAAGUUCACAGUCCGGUCAAGAUGCCUCUACUCACAGCUAUAUGAGGGGAAAGAAAAGAUGGAGUACGAAGAAUCCGUGCGAAAACUGUUUGAGACGUUUAACAUCCUGAUGCAGUCACAAAUGGAAGGCAACACUUUACUCAUGCAGGGAGCAUCCCUCAAAUACUUACCCACAGUCCUGCAGGAUGUUGCAUCGACAUUUGAUCCAAUCUUGCUGAGCCACUUGUUGCGCAGUUUCCUCCUGAACCUCCCCCCGGAUCGCCUGGUGAAACAGAAAUUACAGUCAAUGACAGCCAUCGUCAACACUGAGCUCUUUCAGAGAGAAGAAUGUCGAGCUAUUCUGUUACCGGUAAUGACGACUACACUGAAAGACCUGAUUCAGAAAGGAGAUGAGGAGGAGGCUUGUGUUGAACUGCUUAGCAACAUCCUGGAGGUUCUCUACAGACAGAACGUGGGAAACACUUAUCAGGAUAUUCAGGACAUCAUGGACAAGCUGCUUAGGACCGUGAACCAGAUGGUUAUCAUGCUUGGAAGAGACCACAGCCUCAUCAGUAAUUUUGUAGCCUGUAUGACAGCUAUCCUCAGCCAGAUGGAGUACUCUCAUUACACCAACUACAUCAAUGCCUUCCAGACACGUCAAGACCUCAUGGACUUCCUGAUGGAGACCUUCAUCAUGUUUAAAGAUCUUAUUGGCAAGAAUGUAUAUCCUGCUGACUGGAUGGUGAUGAGUAUGGUUCAGAACAGGGUUUUCCUACGUGCCAUCAACCAGUAUGCAGAGACGUUGAAUAAUAUGUUUUUGAACAGCAUGAGCUUUGAGCUCCAGCUUUGGAACAAUUACUUUCACCUCACAGUGGCCUUCCUUACCCAGGAAUCCUUGCAACUAGAGAACUUUUCGAAUGCCAAGCGCACAGCUAUCAUAUGCAAAUACGGAGAUAUGAGAGGCACUAUCGGGUCUGCAAUCCGUGAAAUGUGGUACAAUCUUGGCCAGCACAAAAUCCGCUUUAUUCCAGGAAUGGUUGGGCCAAUCCUGGAGAUGACGCUCGUCCCAGAGGUGGAACUUCGCAAGUCUACGAUCCCCAUCUUCUUCGACAUGAUGCAGUGUGAGUUCCAGUACAAGGGGGACUUCAGAACAUUUGAGGAUGAAAUUAUCAAAAACUUGGACCACGAAGUGGAAGGCGGUCGAGGAGAUGAAGAGUACAAGCAACUCUUUGAAAGCAUCCUAUUGAAACACUGCAGAACGUAUCACUACCUGGAAAAGCAAGGAGAAAUGUUUGUUGCCCUGGUAACCGGCCUGCUGGAAAGGCUACUGGACUACAGGACUGUAAUGAACGAUGAAAACAAAGCCCACAACAUGAGUUGCACCGUAAAUCUGUUGAAUUUCUACAAAGACAUUGACCGAGAGGAAAUGUACAUAAGGUACCUGUAUAAACUUCGGGAUUUGCAUAUCUCCUAUGAGAAUUUCACUGAGGCAGCCUAUACUCUGCUCCUGCAUGCAAAGCUGCUGAAGUGGAGUGAUGGCCAAUUCGCCUCGCACAUCCAGGAUUUCCACGGUUUGCAGACGCAGCGGCAACUGAAGGAGAACUUGUACAAUAAAAUAAUUGAAUGCUUUGACAAGGGCAAGAUGUGGGAAGAAGCCAUUCAUCUCUGCAAGGAGCUGGCAGAACAGUACGAGAUGGAGGUCUUUGAUUAUGAGCUACUGAGUGAGACCCUGCAACGCCAAGCCAAGUUCUAUGAAAAAAUCAUGAAAGUGUUGAGGCCGAAACCUGACUACUUUGCGAUUGGUUACUAUGGCCAAAGUUUCCCAACCUUCAUCCGGAAUAGGGUCUUCAUUCACCGGGGGAAGGAGUACGAACGAAGGGAAGAUUUUGAACAGAUGCUCCUGACACAGUUCCCAAAUGCGGAGUUGAUGAAAACAACAUCGCCCCCUGGAGAGGAGAUCAAGAACUCUCCUGGACAAUUUGUCCAAUGCUUCACAGUGCAGCCAAUCUUGGCUGAACAGCUACAAUUUCACAACAAGAAUGUCCCGGAGCAGAUCGUGGGCUUCUUCAAGGCUAAUAACGUAUCGAAGUUCAGCUACUCUAGACCAAUCAGAAGAGGGCCAAAGGACCCAGAGAAUGAAUUUGCUUCAAUGUGGAUUGAAAGGACCACGUUCACUACAGCCUACAAGAUGCCUGGCAUUCUCCGCUGGUUCGAAGCUGUGCAAACCUCACUGACUUACAUCAGCCCACUGGAGAACGCCAUUGAAACAAUGCAGGCCAGCAAUGAUAAAAUACUAACCAUGAUCAACCAGCACCACAGUGACCCCAACCUUUCCAUCAACCCCCUCUCCAUGCUUCUUAAUGGAACCGUGGACCCUGCAGUAAUGGGCGGAUUUGCCAAAUACGAAACAGCAUUCUUCACUGAGAAAUAUAUUAGUGAACACCCAGAAGACAUGGACAAUAUAGUGAGACUAAAGGAUCUCAUCGCAUGGCAGAUCCCAUUGCUGGAGGAAGGGAUCCGGGUUCAUGGAAAGAAGGUCACCGAAGCCCUCAAACCUUUCCAUGAUCGGAUGGAGGAGUGUUUUGCCCAACUGAAGACAAAGGUGGAGAAUCAAUAUGGAGUGCGAGAGCUGUCAUUUUUGGAAGAGAGACGAGGAGGAGGAGGGGGAGGAGGCAGAGGAAGUCGUCCUCGCUCCAUGAUCCGAUCUUUUCGGCCAUUGUCAGUGAUCUCCUCGAGUUCCCUGAGUUCUGCAAGCUCUGACAGAGAAACAUUGAGGGUGCCAGGGGACAGUGCGGAGCCUCCGUUGCCAAAGAAGCAAACCUCGCGACCCCAGGAGAAACCUCUGGACAGUGGGACUAAAGAUGUUGAGGAGAAGAAGAUCACCAGAAAGGAGAACAGGGUCAGCGGGCUGUUUACCUCCAAAAAAUUAUCUGUGCAGACUCCUCCUCCUCCUCCUCCUCCUGAUGUUGUUGAGGAGCCUUCAAGGUUGUCACAACUGGUGAGCGACACAAGAAUGGUGGAAAUUCAUCCCAAUCCAGAGCAGCCUGCCAAAGAAAACAGCUCAAAUCGAACAGGUCAGGCCUUUACUGUAAUCAAUGGGUUCAGUGGACGGAUAAAGAGUGCCAGGCCUCCUCCAUUGCCCAAGAAAAUUAACCCUUCGCUCCUGGAGAGUUUCAGUCAGGAUCAGAUCGACCUACUGAGCCCUCCGGCCCACCAGGAACCAGCGAGUGACCAGUUUCAAAAUAAGGCCCCCCACCCACCGACGCCAGAGGACAGCAAGCCCCUCAAGUCUCCGCCGCCCCCUCCACCACCAAAGAACAAGCGACUGGUGCCUCACCCACAGAGCUGACCACGCACUUUUCUCGGGACAGAAGAAGCUUUGCCAACCUCGACGCAACGCUCAGGGUACCACGGUCAGACUGGUAGAAUGAUGUCACAUGACCUAGCAACAGGACCAGUGCGCGACCUCCCUCUCCCCACCGCCACGUUUUGUCAUCAUGUAUUAAAAAUGAUCUUCGCACAGCGCUAAGAAUUUUUUUUUCAAACAAAUAUACCUCUUCAUUU